UAAUUUUAUUAUUUUAAUAUAUAGUUUAGGUCAUAAUAUUUUAAAUAAAAAAUUGAUCAGAAUGUUAAUUAUGUGAAAAGUUGUUACUUAUUCAUUUUAAGUUUUUUCUCACUUUUUUGUCCAUUUCUCGUUACCCUUUUCCGUCUCUCCCGCCAUGGAAGAAGCAUCCGGCAAGGCCGCCACCACCACCAACAGUGGCCAGAAGCACAACAAUGGCAACAACAACAGCAACCGAACAGGCGUGGUGAUCGGAGGGUUUUUGGAGACGGCCAAAUCCGAGAGGUCGGUGUGGCUCAUGAAAUGCCCUUCUCUUGUCUCUCGCUCCCUUCGCUCUCCCUUCCCCGAUGACCCUUCUCGUCCCGUCGCCAAAGUCGUCGUCUCCGUCGACCCUCUCAACUCCAACGACGACGAGUCUUCUACUGAGUUCACCAUGGAAUUGGCUGCCACGGAAUCGGGAGAUGCACCCAAAUCAUACACUUUGGAUAUGUCUAAGGACUUUGUUCCAAUGUCUGUAUUUGCUGAGUCACCUCAAGGUCUUUCAGGUUCUGGAAAAUUGUUUGUUGAUGAGUUUCCGUAUUUGAAACUGUCAGGAAAGGUCUUUGUGGAGGGGAAAAUACUGAACAAAUUUGACGUGAAGCCACAUACUGAGAGUCUUGAAAACUAUGGAAAACUUUGUCGUGAGAGGACGAAGAAGUGCAUGACCAGAAAUAGGCAAAUCCAGGUCAUUGAUAAUGACAAAGGAACUCACAUGAGGCCUAUGCCCGGGAUGAUGACAACCUCUUUUACCGUACAUGAAAAGAAGAAGCCGCCAGCCAAAGCAUCUGAAACUAAAAGGACAAGAAGAGACCGUGGAGAGAUGGAAGAUAUCAUGUUCAAGCUAUUCGAAAGGCAACCAAAUUGGACAUUGAGACAACUUAUACAAGAAACUGAUCAACCUGAACUAUUUCUGAAGGACAUACUGAAGGAGCUUUGCGUUUACAACAAUAAGGGCAGCAACCAAGGAUCGUAUGAGCUGAAGCCAGAAUACAAGAAAUCAAGUGACCCGGAUCCAGCUACAUAAAGGCUAAGCUCUCACGUGCUAAGGGAAUUUCAUAAUAACACCAAUUCUCAGUGCUUUCCAUAACUGCAGGCUGACUGAUUCUUGGAUGGCUUAAUUCAUGUGAGGGCUCCACUGCCAGGGUAAGAAGCAUCUUUUGCGCUAAUUAUUUGUUGCUGUGUCAGCGUGGAUGUAGAAAUAGAGUAACCAUAUAUAUGGCUGAAGUCUGAUUCCAAAUGGAUGCAGGGGAUGAUUCAUUGAACUGUGAUUGGUAGAAAUGUAAAUAAAAAUUAAUGAAAGAGCAGGUUACAUCUUUCUUUCUUCCUCUUGUUCCACUUAUACAAAGAACAGUGUUGUAUGUCUCUUGCAAACCUUCAGAAACAUUAGUGCUUGGACCAGUUGUCUGUACCUUAGCAGUCUGAAAAAUGGCAGGGAAUCACAGAGCACCACCAGAUGUAACACACAAUCCAAGCUUAAGAGAAGCUUUGCUCAAAUAUAUGCAAAUCUUCAUACUGAUGGCAUGUCGACAGUUACAAUCGGGUAAAAUUGAUACCGGUUAUAAAACAGGUUGGAAUGCUCCCGAUAUGACUAGCAUGACCGAUUUUCGACAUCUAAACAAAAUGAUGCCGUUUUGGUGAAUUUAAUUAAACAAAAUUGAUUUGUUUCUUGAAUUUGAAAAUUCAAUGUUGAUGUUAUUUGUUGGAUUC